AUGGUGUCCACGCUGGAGCCUCCAACCGCCUCCUCAGUCUCCCGCCGCGGCCCCUCCUCCAUCGUCUCUCGUCAGUCUCAAUCACAUUCGCGAUCGAAGCGCUACAAUCGCUCUCAUACUGGAGGCACUUCUCACGGUCUCCAGAAUGAGUUCCCUGUCUUUAGCAGUGGCGAUGUCGAGAUUGUAGUCCGCGCGCGAGAGACCCCCCGCGACGCAGCUCCCACGCAGAACCGUUAUCUGCUUCAUCGCCAUACUCUCACUCGGUCCAGCGGCUUCUUUGAAGUUAGCACAUCGAAUCAGUGGUCUCGCGCUCGCGCACUUCCAGCUGGUAACGAGCUUUCCCGUAUUGGCGAGGAUGGAGAGCCCAGUCCUAUCAAUGGAAGCGAAGUCAGUUCCUCAUCGCAGAGAGGAAGCACCCAUCCGCCCAGAAAGAAAUGGCGAUACGAGCUAGACCCAAGAUCGGGACCCAACGAUAUCCCUAUGCUAGUUCAACGAGACGAAUCGUCGCGAGACACCACACAAUCCUUGUUCGGCCCUGCAUCAGCUCCACCUACAGUCAGUUCUAGAGACUCGCGCUCUUCUCAAAGUCGCUCCAAGCAUUCCCACUCGCAUUCGCGAUCGCUAUCCAAUUCGUCGACUCCAAGUGGAUUCUUCCGCUCCGUCGCCAAUCUUAGUCUCUCCUCCAACCACCCUCCUCCAGCUCCCGAGUUAUCGCAAGCUGAUGAGGACCUUUUGCGCGACUACGACAACCUCUUUCGCAUCUUUUACAAUUACCCGCCUGUGCUCGAUAGCGUCAAUGUCGCAGAUGCCUAUGUCCAAUGCAAGAGCCUGCUCAAUCUCGCCGACCAAUAUGACGCCCUUGCUGUGGUGGGACCUCGAGUUGAUCACCACAUGCUGCAGUUCCAGUCACGUCUCUGGAAGCAAAUCGCAAAAUAUCCAAUCUCAUAUCUGCGCCUUGGGUACCUAGCUCGCAGCAGGGUCAUCUUUCAGGAAGCCCUGAUUCACGUCGUUGGGCAGUGGCCUGCCGGUGAGCGCAGCCUGCGUGCAGCCCUGCCCGACAUUGUCCUGGAUAUUAUCGAGGAUAAGGUGGAGGAGCUGGAGGAAACUGUCGGCCGCAUCGAGGGACGCCUCUUCCGCCUUGGGCUCACCAACAGCCGUGGUGAACGUGUCGGCCCAAGCAACAAUUAUCUCGACUGGUUGUCCAUAAGCCUCUUCCGCCAAUGGCUGGCCGACAACACCUCUCCGCAGCCGCCUCCCGAUCAGCGACGCAGGACAACCUCUCGUGACGGUGGCCGCAGCGUCGCCGCCUUACCCCCCGCCGCCCCGCCGUUGAAUUCUGUCGGACGUGCAUAUCGUCAACUGGGUUCCAAUAACCCCACCUCUUUCCUCGGCCACGAUGACUGCAAGCGAUUUCUCAAGCUUACCCCGGAGCUCUACAGCCGGGAGAACCUCCGAAGAUUCGAGAAGCGCCUGGACGAGCUAAAGACGAUGGCUCGAGAGAUUGUGCGACCCCUCAUGGGCAGCAAUCUCGAACUCGAUAUGGGCGGUACCUCGCGUACCCCAGACAGUAUUACCUACCUCACUUGCACCACCGUUGUGAACCGAGACUUGCCUUGGGUGAUGGAGGAUCAGGCGGCAGUAGGGCUUGUUGCCAACUGA